GAGAGAGGAAUCUGGUAAAUCAAAAAAAGAUUCGCACAAGAGACUAAGUAGCUUAUGUAUAUGCCCAGCCCCACUUAGUACGAACCUGAUCACCCGAGUCCUCAAGCGUUCCCUGCCCAUUCAGUCGACCAGAAUGUAAUUUUAAACGCCGCUGAAUGUAAAUCUUCGCUUCCAUGUUCUCCUCAGAUCCAAGUGGAAGAUUUUUCACACCCACAUGCGCUCCACAACCCCUCGCACAUUCGUUUUCCAAUUGGAAAUUCUAAUAACGUUCGGUUCUUUUUUCUCCGCCUUUCUUUCGCAAGAUUUUCAUUGCCGAAUUGAAGGAGUCAGCCGCGUGACCGAGAAAAGCUUCUUCGCAGAGCAGAGCAGUGAGUGGGGGAAAAAAGAAAGUGAGGUGGUGUAUUUGUGAGUGUGACUGUGUUUUUGGGGCGGAAGUCUGCGAAAGUGAAGAGUGGGUCGCCUGUUUCGAAACGCGGGAAGGUACGACACGAAGGAAGAUAUGUGAUAGAGGACGGCCAUUUCUGUGCUACUAGGACCAACAGGACCCUGUGUCCAACCCGGAAGAGGCAGCUUGAAUUUCAAUGAGGAGCUCAACCGACCAUCCCAGCGUUAUAACAUUUCCAUUAGUGGUGCCAUUUUACCGGUCAAUUAGUUAUUACACGAGACAGCUGAAUCAUUUCUAGACGCCAAAUAAGCAGCAUCAAGUGGCUCCGUUUUUUGGCCUAUCAUGACUGUUCCUUCCGAGGCGGAGGCCAUUCAACGAACGACGCUUUAGGCGAUAACACUCACCUUCAGCAGACGACAGCACACAACAGUCCGACUACUCAGUGAGACGACUCAAUCGCUCCAUGCAUAAAUCCCGCCGAGGCAAGAGCUAACAUUUGCCACCCAGGAGAACGACCGAUCUCGUCGACGACCCUAGAUCUCCUAUGGUGGCCUCCGGCGGCAACAAUUCAGCAGGACAACGUACGUCAACGACGGCCGCCGCCACGAUGGAUCAUCAUCAUCACCACCACCAAGACCACCACCUCCAGGAGGAGAAUACGCGACGACGAAGGCGACCGGUGGUGCUAGUGUCGUGUCCCCUGUGGACGCUUCUAGUGGCAGUGCUACUGCUGGCCGGCGCCGCGGUGCACGGGAACACCGAAAAAGAUUUCACACAACAGUGCAACAAAUGCCGCUGCAGUUGGAAGAGCGGCAAACGGAAUGCGGACUGCACCAACCAGGGGCUGGAUCUGAUACCGGACGAUCUGAGCUCGGAACUGCAGGUUCUGGAUCUGUCUAACAAUCGGAUAGGGGAGAUACGCGGGUACGAGAUGAUGCGCGCCCAUCAGCAAAAUUUGCACAAAUUGUACAUCAAAAACAGCACGAUCGAAACCCUUCACAAGGACUCGUUCCGAAAUCUCACGAUCCUGAUCGAGCUGGAUCUAUCGAACAAUAAACUGAAACGGCUAGACCCUGGCCUGUUCGAUGACUUGAAAAAACUCCGGGUCAUCAUGCUGAACCACAACCAAAUCGAGCGAAUAGAGAACAAUCUGUUCCAGAAUUUGCGAUUCCUGACCAAGAUCGAACUGAACGACAAUCUGAUCUACCGGGUAGCGCUGCACAGUUUCAUCAACGUUCCGGCCCUGUCGCAGAUCGAGCUGGACUACAACCGGCUGCAGAUUCUGAGGAAGGAGACGUUCGUCAACUUGGAAAAGCUGACGAGUCUAUCGCUGACGAACAAUCCGUGGAAUUGCAGCUGCGCCCUGCGAAACUUUAGCGAGUUCAUCAUGACCAAUAGUCUGUACAGGUCACCGACGACCUGCGAACAGCCACCGAUGCUCAAGGGCAAAGAGUGGAACGAGAUCGAUCUGGACGACUUUGCCUGUCGGCCGCAAAUUAUAGACAACCGACUGAUCUACCCAAGCGAUGGGCAGAAUGCUACCUUUACGUGUAAGGUAACGGGAUUACCCCUGCCAAAGGUGGACUGGUUGUUCCACAAGCGACCAGUGUCCAAGAACGACAAACGGUGGAGUGUGACGUACGCCGUGCGAACCAAUGGAAAGGACACUAAUGAGGUCCUGGUUUCGGAGUUAACGAUCGUCGGGGUGAAGCCGUCGGAUCGGGGUUCCUACGUUUGCAAGGCAACCAACCCCGGUGGAACGGACGAAAGCGAACAGUUUUUCGACCUGACGAGUCCCGCUCCCGAGGUGCGACCGAAUCGAACGAACGACAUCCUCUGGAUUGUGCUUUUUGUGGUGCUGGCGAUUCUGGUCGUGCUGAUCCUGGUGAUUAUGGUUCUGUGCUGCGUAUGCCGAAAAACGCGCCGCUUCAAGAAGAAUUCGUCGAUCAGCGAAAAUGGACUGAUGAACUCCAAGAUGGACAAGUCGGCCGAUGGAUCUGUGCUGGAUGGGGGAUCGGUGAUCAUGGAGAUGCAGAAGAGUCUGCUGACGGAGGUGAAUCCGGUGGAGAAACCUCCGCGAAGGUCAGACAUCGAGGCGACCGACAAGAACGACUACGACGAGGGUCCCGAGGUCAAGAAGACGCUGCUCGAGGAAACGGGAUUCGCCACUCAGGAGGACGAAACGGCCUCGGUUGCCCUGUCGGAUACGGCGCCACGAACCCGUGCGGCCUACGUCGACGAGGGUGGUUAUGGUACCACCAACCUUCCACCGGACCUGCUUGCUUUCCCGAACACCCGGUUCCCGCAGUCUCCGUCGAUUCAGAGCUCGAUGUCAAACAUCCACGACGGACGAAUCUACGCCACCAAGUCGCCUCUCUCCAGUCCGAUCUAUCAGCAUAGCCCUAGUAUCCUGGGCGCAAGUGGCCAAGUCCCGGCCGGGUUCCGAACGCUGCAGCAUCCGAAAACGGGUCGAACGUUAGCGAUCGCAACGCAGCGAUCGAAUUCGCCCUUCACGCCGGCGCCUCUAAUCUACCCGCAGGUCGUUAUGAAACAAGGUUACGUCACGAUCCCUCGGAAACCUCGCACCCCCAGUUGGACCCCAUCGAUCAACUCGACUGCAACGACGGCGGAACUGCUGCCACCCACAAGCCCAACGUCCAACAGCGGAGACCUCCCGGCUGCGACGGAACCGGUAUACGACAAUCUCGGCCUCCGGACGACCGCGUCCGGCAAUUCGACGCUCAAGCUGAACAAAUCGGGCGGCAAGGCGGGCGCGGGCUCCAGCAGUACCUACAGUAUGAAGAAUCGACCACUUCCAGCGACUCCCGGCGGACAAACGGCCCUGCCGCCGACGCACAACAAUUCCACCGGCGGCAGCAACUACGAAUCGAUUCCCGAGGUGGGAGGACAAUCAGCGACGCCUGCAAUAGCCGGCCUGGAAUCGAUCUACGGAAGGACCACCACCGGCGGAAGCAGCAGUAGCAGGAGCAAAGUACCACCUCGGCCACCACCGAAGCCUAAGAAGAAGCCCAGCCUGGUGGUGGCGGCGGCGACAUCACCCGGAUCCAGUGGCCUAGCCAGUACCAGUAGCACCAGCCCGCUGUUUGCCGACGAAGGAGAGGACGGAACAGAGGUCUAGCUGCCGCCUUGGCCCCUGGCCGCAGGUGGACGCGCAAUAAACGACGACGAAAUUACCGAUUUUCCUUAUAGGGAGUUCACAAUCGGUAGUGUGAGUAGCUUUUAAAGAUUCUUAUAUAUAUUCAAACAAAAAAUAGUUUAUUCGGUGAAACAUAGUUAAUAGUUAUUUUUUCUACUCUAUUUGAACGUACAAUGCGGUGGGGAAGCGUGAUCGAGUGUAAGAAAUUGUGAAACUAAAAGAAAGAGAGGAGUAAAAUAUGAAUGAACUCUAGUGUAAAAAGUAUCGAUUGAAUGAAACGAUUACGAUGAAUCUUUAUGAAAUAGCAUAUUAUAAAGUGUACUAAUUAUGUUUUUUAUAAGAAAACUGACAGAAAAUGCAACUGAUAAAAAAUGGAGAUCAAAAAUUUUGAACUAUAUAGGCUAUAAUGUUGCUAGAUGAUAAGUUAGCUAAUAAAAACGAAAUGGAACGAAAGUGUUGAAAUAAUCGAA